UCUCAGAGGAAUCAGAGGAGUGUGUUGUGUGCUUGCUGAUGCUGCUACCGCACACGGCAUCAUCCCAUCAGACGAUCAUGCUCCUUCAGAGAGGCCUAAACCUCCAGGUCACUGCAGGGGGACCAAGCACAGCGAGCACGGCGAUGCCAGGCAGAUAAUGUGUCCUACUUUUAAUAGUACCGGCAAGCAAAGGCGAGGAUGGCAAAGAGAGAUUACUUGGUGGAGGCAGCCAAGCAGAUCCACAUGGCUCUGGACAGCGAGGUCAACGAGGACUAUGAGGCUGCUUUCAGUUAUUACAAGAAUGGCGUGGAUUUACUGCUGAACGGGGUCCAGUUGGACCCAAACAAGGAGCGUCGGGAGGCUGUGAAAAGGAAAACAACGCAGUAUUUAAAGAGAGCAGAAGAAAUCUUCAUCACACAUCUGCAGGACAACCUGGGGAAGGGGAGUUCUCAUUUAGGGGGCUACAGCAGUCUGAGAUUCCGCCCAGUAAGACAUUUGAGUUCUCCUGUAGAAGAUCUGGAGAUGUGUAAGGUGGUGGGAGUCAGUGAUAAGGUCCUAGUGGUCCAAAGUAUGGUGAAUAAAGAGACGUUUGUUGUAAAGAGUCUGAUGAAGUCCAGCUGGGAGAGCAGAGAGCAGCCGACCAUCAUCCCUCAAGGAGUUCCCUACAUGGUAAAGCUGCUCAGGUAUUACGUCAGUGAGGAUGCCGUUUACCUCCAUCUGGAACAUGUCAAAGGUCAGAAACAAUUGCAGGUGUACGUAAAAGCAUUUAUAGUUUUGCAGACUUCCUGUUCUGUUUCUUUUGUCCAAGGUGGAAGGCUCUUCUCCAAACUGCACACGCUAAGGAAGGAGAGAGCCAAGGAACACCCAGAAUGCAUCUCUCCCGGUCAGAAUAACAUCAAGAUGAAGAGCAGCUACACUUCACCUGCAAUCUGCACAGACUACCAGUGCACCGUCAGUGUGGAAAGCGCUCAUCAGAAGCUGAGCGACGAGAGCCCGGACGUGGACGAGCCAAGGACCUGGGAUGAGACUCAGCGGCGUCUGGAGAGCUGCGGCACGCAUUCCUACAUCGAGGAGACAGGCUGCCUACAGAACUCACGCUCUGCAGCAUCAUUUUACACCAAGCUGGAGCGUGGGACUCUGCUCUCUGGUCCGGCUAAGGCACAGGUCAGCGCCAGCAUUCAUCCGCCAGCUCCGACUUUGUGUUUGCACUCUUCUCAAACUCAGGACAAGCUCGCUCUUCCUCUGUCCUGUGCUCGCAUCAGCCAAGCUCUGGACACCAUGUCAGAACUGCAGGACAGUAAAGCUGGAGUUGGACUAUUAGAAUGCAGCUCGGAUUUUGAAGUGGCUUGGAAAGCUGCUGAUCCAGCACUGGGAGGCAAGCAAGCGAGCCAAUAUGCAGUCACAGACAACAAACCUCAUUCUAGUCAGACCUCGUUUAGAAAAACCGAACCUCCAAACAGUAAAAGUCACAUGUUGAGCUCCUCUCCCGCCAUUUUGCAUCUCCCCCUUCAUUGCCAAACGCAAAUCCACGGAAUGGCAUCGUGGGAUACCACCGCCUAUUACCAAGCAGCGGACCAGGUGACAUACUUGGAUACAAAGCCAGCCAGCAGCAGUCCCACCUUGGAGGAUAAAAAUGGAGUGGUGGUCCUGAGUAGCACAGACCAAGCAGUGUUCUCAGACCACAGGGAGCCACGGACCACCUCAGGAAGCUCCUGGCCUUUCUCUGCUAGGAAACAUACAGAGAUGAAGCCCAGAGGAGAAACAGGGCCAGGUGAUGUGAGAGAAGGUAUAGAGGAAGCCUGUGAGAUGAUCAGUCCAGGACAGGUGGUCCCUGCGCCAUCAGAGGGAUCCUUUUCCAGCUGGUAUUCCCCUCGCCUCCUUGGUGCCCAAAAGAGGACAGAGCAGUCACCAGUCAGCACUGAGGAACAAGGAGACGACCAAAUCAUUGAGGUGGAUGGAUGGUGCCACCUCCCUCGGAUCAAAUCCUCAGAUAAGUCGACUCACUGCGCCUGGUGGGGGCUCCCUGAAUCGGAGGUGCGCGUGUGGGGGGCUCAGAUCCUGCUGGCCCUGGAGAGUCUUCAUCAGCAGGGCAUCAUAUGUCGGGACCUCAGCCCCAGAAACGUGCUGCUCACCAGCAAUGGGAAGGUGUGUUUGACUUUUUUUGGGCAGUGGAGUGAGGUUCAGUCAGAGAUCAACUCCAACGCCAUGGAGCAGAUGUACUGCGCCCCAGAGAUCGGUGGCGUACUGAGAGUCACUGAAGCUUGUGAUUGGUGGAGUCUUGGAGCUUUGCUGUUUGAACUCCUCACAGGAAUGCCCCUUUGGCAGCUCCACCCAGCAGGAAUUAACUCCCACACACAGCUGCUCAUCCCGGACCACCUGAGCACCGCAUCUGCAUCCCUGCUGACCGAGUUACUUCAGUUUGACGCUGGGUAUCGCCUGGGGUGUGGAGGUGGAGGUGUGAGCGACAUCAAGUGUCAUCCGUUCUUCAGUAGCGUCUCCUGGAAAGCCCUGAGCUGCUGACUUCUUCACUCGAGGCCUCCACGAAGAACAGCAUGCUCUCACGUCCACAUGUCGGGUGCAGCCUGAGACUUUGAAAGUGUAUGCUUCCCCAAAGAAAAUUAUAUCACAGGAAGUGAUGAAAAAAACAACCAAGUCCAACCAACCAACAACAUAAACCUAAUAAGCUACUUAUUAGAGCAUAUCAGAAUAUUAUACUUUUUGAUGGCUGCUUUUAUGUCCAUGCUGGUUUACGAUCAACACUGUGUGGAAACAUUCCUUGGACCAGUCCUUCUCAAAAUAGUGGGGCAGUGCCGGGGGGGGGGGGACAUGCUUUUUUGCCAUAUCACUAUAUGAUGAAGUGCAUGUAGCACUUGGCUUCACCUUAACCACGGUGGGAGACAAGGAAAGACUGCUGUGUUUAUUGUAAUGUUAAUAAGUUAUGCAAUGCUAUGCACAUGUAUGGUUAGAACAAUUUGAAAGACAAAUGAUACUAUUUAUAGUCACAGUGAGUGACUUUCUUCUUCCAAGGGGUCACGUAACAGAAAAUCAUUGAGAAGCACUUCCUUGGACUGACUUUCUUUUCACAGCACUUCAGGCAAUAAAUGAGAUGAUGUAAUUGUCACAAUUUUUAAACACAUUCAGUGAAGUGAUCAUUGCCUGCAAACCAAACAUGACCUGAAACAUAUUUUGGUAGGGUUGUUGAUUUUUUUUACUAAAUCAAAUAAACCAAGUUGCACAAAGGAAAAAUGACACUAUAUGCACAAAUGUUAGUACCCAUUCAUAGUGUGUAAAAACAGUCUUGCAUUAACAUGUUCAUCAAAUA